CUUUUUCCCUUAGCCCUUCUCGUUCUUCAGAACAUCCAUCGUCCUUCCUUCGCCUCUUUGAGGGCGAAACCUCAUUUUUCGCAUCAUCAAAUUUCCGGAUCUGAAAUCUGAUGCAACGCCGUGGCGGAGCGGAGAACUGCAGGCAAGAGCAUUUACAAGGGCUGUGGAGGGGAGGCCGGAAAAACCCCACUUCCAGCUCCCAGACCUACCGGGACCAGGUCCAGCGGGUCUAACAGCAGCCGAGCGGCGACUUCCGCUCUCGGAGCCCACCCACACACGGGAUAGGCCCCCGAUUUCUCCGCCCCGGCCGAGCCCUGCCCCCGCUGAGCACGUCCCGCGCCUUUCGUUCGACCCAAGAUGGCCGCGCCUGUGUGCGGCGGAGGGUUCCGGCUGCGGGUCCUGGCAGGGAGCCGACAGCUGCUGUGCGCCUGGCGCGCUCUGCACACUUCCUCGGCCUGGGCCAAGAACCGGGCAGCCCGAGUCCGCGUGGGCAAGGGGGACAAGCCAGUGACCUACGGGGAGGCGCACGCCCCGCACUACAUCGCCCACCGCAAGGGCUGGCUGUCGCUGCACACAGGUAACCUGGAUGGGGAGGACCACGCUGCGGCACGAACAGUGGAAGACGUCUUCCUUCGCAAGUUCAUGUGGGGAACCUUCCCAGGCUGCCUGGCUGACCAGGUGAUCCUAAAGCGUCGGGCUAACCAGCUGGAGAUCUGUGCCCUGGUGCUGAGGCAGCUGCCUGCCCACAAGUUCUACUUCCUCGUGGGCUAUAGUGAAACUCUGCUGUCCCACUUUUACAAGUGUCCUGUGCGUCUGCACCUCCAAACUGUGCCCUCCAAGGUGGUAUAUAAGUACCUCUAGGACAAUCCCCUGUUUUGCUUCAAGCCCGGGCCUACAAGGGACAGAAAUGGGUGGGAAAGGAAUGAAGUAGAACAUGGGGAGAUACAACCCAUCAGAGGGCCAAGGCGUCAUUUCCAGAGCUGCUGCUGAAUAAAUCCCUCUGUGUUGUCUUGCCUCUCGGUCUGUCUACUGCUUAGGUGAGUGAACUAAAGCAGGGCUUUUCUGGAGGCUCCAGGGCUCCCAGGAAAGCUGUCAGUUGUCUGAAGCUUAGGUAGUUACUGUGCUUUGUUGAGUUCUAUGUUGGGCACUUAAAGUUCUUCAUAUUCCCUCUAGAUAGAAAGACCCGUUUCCAUGACUAUAACCAGCAUUAAUUUUUUUUUUAAAUGAAGACUAUAGGGACAUGAAUCAAGUAGACCAUGAUGCUUUCCUAUAACUUUACUCCAAAGAGAACUACUGUUAACAGUUUAUUGUGUUUUAUUUCCACAUGUACCUUUUUUAAGGAUUACUUUUAACGCAGUUAUCCAUUCAUUAAACAAACUUUUAAUGAGCACGUGCUGUAUGCCAAGCACUCUGAAGUGCCUGUUGUUGUUAGGUGCCGUUGAGUUGGUUCCAACCCAUAGCAAUCCUGUGCACAACAGAAGGAAACACUGCCCGGUCCUGCGCCAUCCUUACAACCGUUGUUAUGCUUGAGCUCAUUGUUGGAGCCGCUGUGUCAGCCCACAUUGUUGAGGGUCUUCCUCUUUUCUGCUGACCCUGUACUCUGCCAAGCAUGAUGUCCUUCUCCAGGGACUGAUCCCUCCUGACAACAUGUCCAACGUAUAUAAGACACAGUCUCGCCAUCCUUGCCUCUAAGGAGCAUUCUGGCCGCACUCCUUCCAAGAUAGAUUUGUUUGUUCUUUUGGCAGUCCAUGGUAUAUUCAAUAUUCUUCGCCAACACCACAAUUCAAAGGCGUCAACUCUUCUUCGGUCUCCUUUAUUCAUUGUCCAGCUUUCACAUGCAUAUGAUGUGAUUGAAAAUAACCAUGGCUUGGGUGAGGCACACCUUAGUCUUCAGGGUGGCAUCUUUGCUCUUCAACAAUUUGAAGAGGUCCUUUGCAGCAGAUUUGCCCAAUGCAAUGCGUCUUUUGAUUUCUUGGCUGCUGCUUCCAUGGCUGUUGAUUGUGGAUCCAAGUAAAAUGAAAUCCUUGAUUAAUGAGCAAAACAUUCCAAGAUCCUUGCCUUAGCGACAGUUCCAUUCUAGUGGAGGGGGACAGGGAGGGUUAGGCUACAUUAAAGACUCUAAGGAGGCGAAGGGAGUAGACAUGCAGGUAAAUGGGGGAAGAGCAUUUCAGAAAGUUGCAUGGUGUUGUCAGGGAAGGGGUCCUGUGGAGCAGGAAUUGCUGACCCCCAGCUUUACCCUGACCCCAGCCUUCACCUUAACCAUGACCAUCACACUUAUCCUCAACCUGACCGUGACUCUCCACCUAACACCCUUAUUCUAAUCCUGACCCUGAACUUGACAACAACCAUGAUUCACACUAACCUUGACUCUCAAGCACACCCUGACACUGAACCUGCUCCUCAGCCUUAUACUCUCUCUGACACUAAUCCUCUCCCUCACACUGAGCCUUAUCCUGACUGAUACACAGCCUGACCUUCACCCUCAACCUCAAGGUGUCUUUGACCAUCACCCUCACUUUUACCCAGACCAUUCCUUGACCAUGUCCCCUGAGCUUGACCCUGAAUCUGACCCAACAUUAACUUAUUUUCACCAUGACCUUAGAUCCCUAUCAUGACUUUGGCCUUGAAACUCAGUCAUUUAAAUCUGAUUCUCACACAUCCUGACCUGACCCCUGACGUUGGCCCUGAAACUCAACCCUCGCCUAUACCAUUUCUCUGAUUUUCAACCUGAUAUACUAACCCUCACCUAGACCCUGUCUUGCACUGAUCUGACUCUACAUUUGACCCUGUUGCUAACACUCAGCAGCCCUGAACCUGAUUAUUAUUCAGGUCCUCUGAUUCACCCUCAUUUUCAUCAUGAACCUCACCAUGACUAUGAACUUACACUGACCCUGACCUUGAUUAUGAAAUAAACUUAUCCUCAGCCUGACCCUGACUCACCAUGGUAGUGAUAGCCUAACUCUGAACCUGACCCUAACCAGAUCCUCAAUCUGUGUCUCACACCUAGAAUAUGAUUGACCUUGACCCUGUAUCUGACAUGUAGCCCAACCCUGAACUGCCGCGUCACUCACUCUGACUCUGACCCUCACAAUAAUCCUGGAUGUUACCAUGACUUUCACCCUGACUUUGAUAGUGAUCAUCACACAGACUCUUCCUUGACAUGCAGCCUUACCUUAAACCUGACACUCAACUGACCCUGAACUUUAUACUUGAGCCUGACCCUGACCAUGACUCUGACUGCCCUUCACCCUUUUCCUGAGCCUUACCCUGUGUAUGAACCUCACCCUAAUCCUUACACUGCCUGUGACCCAGUACUUGACUCUAACCUUGACUCUGAACCACAGUUUCAUCCUGACUUGAAUUCUGACCUCUGCUCUUACACUGACCCUCAAUCUGAUGCUGGACCUCACUUAAUCUGAAUUUGACGCAUACCUUCGUACCAUAGGAAACCCUGGUGGUGUAGUGGUUAAGUGCUACAGCUGCUAACCAAAAGGUAGGCAGUUCAAAUCCACUAGGCACUGCUUGGAAACUAUGGGGUAGUUCUACUCUGUCCUACAGGGUUGCUGUGAAUUGGAAUCGAUUCUACGGCAACGGGAUUAGUUUUGUUUUCUUACCAUAACACCCUGUCCUGAAUCUGUUCUGAACCUUGUUCUUACUCUGAUUCUGACCUUGACUGUGAACAUUCCCUCACCCUGACACUGAUGCUGAACUUGAUCACGUCCCUUGCCCUCACCUUGAUUCUGAGCCUCUCACCCUUUUUCUAACCCCAGUCCACACACUAGUCAUGAAACUUCUCUUGACCCUGACCUUGAUCCUAAAUCUAACACACAUCCUCAACUUGACACUGGCCCUUACCCUGUCCCUGACCAUGGCUCUGCUCUUAUCCUCACCUUGACUCAGACCCUUACGCUGAGUGUGACUUUCACCCUGACUCUGACCUUGUUGCUAACCUUGAACUCAACUUUAACUUGAGUCUACUCUGACCCUUGCUUUUGUUCUUAUCCACAUCCUAACCUUGACCAUGAGACUCACCCAGAUCUUUGCAUUUUGACCCUCACUUUGACCUUAACAUUACCCUUACCCUCAUCCUGACCUGAACCCUCACCCAUAUCUUGACACUGUCCUUGAACCUUAAACUCAAGCUUUACUCAUACACUAUCCCUUUCUUUACCAGCACCCUGAUCCUGACCCUCAUCCAGACUGUGACCCACAAACUGACCACGACUCUCAUCUAGACCCUGACCUGAAUCUGACCUAAGCCUGAACUUGACCCUCAUCCUAACCAAGACCCUAAUUAUCAUCUUUCUCAUGUCACCCUCGACUUUGGUCUAUACCUGUCGCCCUAGCCUGACACUGAUCUUUACCUCCAUCGUGACUCUGACUCUCAUUGUGAACCUACCCUUACCCUGAGCCUGAUGCUGAAACUCACCCUGAGCUGACCCUCAUUCUUUUCUUGACUGUGACCAUGACUCUCAGCUUCACCCUGUUAUGACCCUCACUCUGACCUUCAUGCAGAACUUACCCUGACCCUAACCUGAACUUUCACCCUUACUCUGACCAUGACCCUAGCUCUGAGCCUCAUGCACAGAAUCUGACUCUGACCUUAACUGGAACCAUGACCUUUUCACUGAUGCUGAUGCUUUACCUGACCUCAAACCUGAUUCUGACCUUGAUCCUUACAUUGACUCUUACCCUAACACUGAACCUCGUCCUGACCCUGAACCGCACUCAUGCUCACCCUGAUGCUGACAUUCCUCACAACCCUGGAGCUCACCAUGAUUUUUACCCUGAUCUGACAUUAACCCUCACAUUGAUCCAGACAUGUAGCCUCAUCCUAAACCUCACCCGUAUAACUUUGAACCUCAAAUUGACCCUGACACUAACUCAGCCUGAUCUUGAAUCUUACCUUCACGGUUACCCAUAACAUUACUCUGAUGCUAACCCUUACACUCAUGCUGAUCUGAUCUUGCACUUGACAUUGACAGGGAACCUAAUCCCUGAUUUUGAUUUGUGUCCUGACACAGACCCUGACCCUUAAAAUGAACCUUACUGUCACUCUGAAAUGACCAUUACCUUGACCCCGACCCUGAACUUAUCCUCAUCUUGAUUGAUGCUGAAACUCUCAUUGAAUCAGACUGUCUUAGGCUAGGUUCUGUAGAGAAGCAAAACCAGUACACUGUAUAAAUAUACGGGCAUACCUCAUUUCAUUGGGCUUCACUUAAUUGCACUUUGCAGAUACUGCGUUUUUUACAAAUUGAAGUUUUGUGGCAACCCUGCAUAGAGCAAGUAUCCAUGCCAUUUUCCAACAGCAUGUGCUCAGUCCAUGUGUCUGUCACAUUUUGGUAAUUCUCACGAUAUUUCAGACUUUUUCAUUGUUAAUGUAUUUGUUAUAGUGAUCUGUGAUCAGUGAUCUUUUAUUUUACUAUUGUAAUUGUUUUGGGGCGCCACAAAUCACGCCCAUAUAAUACAGUGCACUUAAUCAGUAAAUAUUGUGUGUGUUCAGACUGGUCCACUGAAUGGCCAUUCCCCCGUAUCUCUCCCUCUCCUCAGUCCUCCCUAUUCCCCGAGAUAGGACAAUAUUGAAAUCAGGACAAUUAAUAACCUUAAAAAAGUCUCUUAAGUGUUCAAGUGAAAGGAAGAAAUCAAAAGUUAGAAAUGAUUGAGCUUAGUGAGGAAGGCAUGUCGAAAUCCAAGAUAGGAUGAGAUCUAGGGCACUUGUGCCAAACAGCCAAGUUGUGAAUGCAAAGAAAAAGUUCUUGAAGGAAAUUAAAAGUGCUGCUUCAGUGAACACACAAUGAUAAGAAAGCAAACAGCCUUAUUGCUGAUACGGAGAAAGUGUUAGUGGUCUGGGUAGAUCAAGCCAGCCACAGCAUCCCCUUAAGCCAAGGCCUAAUCCAGAACAAGGCCCUAACAUUGUUAUCACAGGAAACUUAAUGUUUCCUCAGGAAAAUACUGAUUUCAAGUCUGACCAGUUCAGGACAUUUAUGAACCUGUCUCCAUGAGGAGAACUGCUUAAACCUUAAAAUAAAAGUUCAGAGAAUUUAUUCAGCAAGAGAAGUUCACUCCACUUACUGAAGGGAGAUCACCUACCUCACACAAGUGAGAACCUGUGAGUCCAGCAAGAGUGUCCUAAGAAAGGACGGAUAGAGGGCGAGAAACAAAGAGAUAACAACAGAAUCAUUGGUUGGUUAAUUUUUGAUUGAGGUCACAAAAGGGAGGGCUGAGCAAAGUGGGGGGAGGGGCUUCUAUUGGAUACCUGUGUAUAGGUAGGUUACAUAAUUGGUUUAAAAAAAAAAUUGCAGGCAUACUUGCUUUUUGGCUGAUCACAGGAUAGUUACAAAACAAUCGUAGCACAUGCUUUUCUGGGAACUUGUUAUUAAAACUGCUUUCUCAGGCAUGUCUUUUCCUGGGGUUCCUUUAUAAGGAGGUUUUUCAAUCAUGUUGUGUUUCGAGACCUUCUGGGGAACAAGCUGUCAUCCUGCCCCAGAAGGUUUUGAGAUAAACACCUGCCUCUGGAUUCCCUGGCACCGUUGUCUUAGCACAACCACAGAGCUAAAAAUUUUUUUUUUUCCUUAUGCUUAAUUCUGGAUAAGGGUAAAAAGAAAAAAGAGGGUUGAAAAAACAGAAGUCAGCACACAAUGAAAAACAGAAUCUGCUUCCAAAAUCAUAUUAGCUAUUUUACUUAAGCUCAAAGCCUCAAGUUUAGAAGCACCUAUGCACUGCUUCUUCUUGAUCAAGGAUUUCAGUAAACAUCCCUUGGUCACUCUUAAUGUUUCUUCCACAUGGACUAGUGGUCCUCAGAUGGCUGCUCAACGUUUUGAGUGAUUUAAGACUCGAAGCUAUUAUAUUCGGGUGGCUGAUUGCUGAAGCAAGCUUUCAAGACUCCGGGCACUUCCUUUUAGUAGUCUUAUGAACUUAUUUGUUGUCUGGCACCACCUGAAUUGUUGGUAUCUGGGCACCACCUGGGUUCUUCACCAUGCCAUAGCUGAACAUUCAGCUUUCGUGAUCCAGUGAUUGGGGUUUGUUGCAGGGCCAAACUGGGGGAAAAUUUGACCUUUUCAAAAGGCUGGUCUAAUGGGGGGCUCCUCAGAAUCUUCACAAAGUUGUGCAUCAUUUAUAUUUAUAGUUCUUCAGAUAGCUGUCAGAUUGGUGUUUCGGGUAAUGCCAUUGGUUAAAAACUUCAUACAAAAUUUAGCAGUUCCAAUUACAAUGACUACCAACAUUAAAGUCAUGACACUAGAAAACAUGAUUGACCUGACCCAGACACCUGCCCUAUUGGGUAGCCAGCUAAAAAUGUGAGGAAAAAAAAACCUGGUUCAUUCAGGGAUGUGUAAUCAUGUGGCUUUUUGGCAUAUUUUUGCAGUAUCAUGUUCUACUUCCCUUAAAGUGUUAAUCCAGGUGCAGCAUGAGAUGUUAGCUAUAGCACAGACUCCUCCUUGCUAAGCCAGCAAGUAAUCUAGGGCAAUUAUAUCGUCCAAAACCACUUAGACAAGUGAGUUCAAAGGUCUUAAGCAGCCAUAGCAUUGGCAACAUAACCAUUCCCUCCAUGGUUUUGGAGAUGUUCUGGACAGCGUGUUCCAGAUAUCCUACUCUAUACCAAGGGAGGAAUAUCCUCAAAAAAUAUAACCUAAACCAGGGGACUCCUUUAAAGGUUUCCCUCCAUCUGUCCCUUGCUCAUCCUUUGAUUUUUUGUUUCUUUUUCUUUCUAAAAGCUUUAAAUCAUUAGUCUAAUGUGUCUUCUCACCAUAGGAAUGGAUUUCUAGAGCCCCAAAUGGCCUAAAGUACACUGACCUGUCAUGUUCCAUCCAUCCACACAGAGUAAAGCCCAGGUAUAGGACUUGUCCUUUGGAUUUGGAUUGGCAAUGAUUAGGUAUCUUGAUCUUCCACAUAAAAAUAUGAACCCUUUUGGGGCACAUAUUAUGCCAGGUACAGUGUGUUUAUUUGGGAAAGGGAUGGUUUGGUUCAUUUAUUCAAGCCAAUUUCCUGUUAAGGAGUUAUUACAAAUAGGUAGUCGUCCUAAUCUCAGGCAUUUCCACAUUGGAAUACAAAAAAGCUUUUUUCCCUGUAGACAUGUGGUUAGAUUUCCUGUAAAAACUGUGUUCCAAAAUCUGGCAGAGGCACUGUAUGAAAUUAAUCUCUCAUUUUUACAGUCAGAAAGGUUCCGGGGAAUUUUAGAACACUCUUUAAUUCUAAUCUGGAUUAAAUUGAAACAUGGAACCUGGGGUUGAGUUGGUACCCCAGGGGGGCACUACAGUCUCACAUGUAUGGCUCCCUAUAAAAAAAAAAAAUGAUGUUAAAGUUGACAGUAGCAGGGGGAACAACACUACAGUUCAGUGUACGAGUUCUCAUGUACAGUUUUGGGUAAAGGAUGACAGAUCCAGCACUCAUUAAGAUUUGUAGAUCGUGCAGCUAUCUGAACUAGCUUGACAAAGACAUUCUCAUGCCAAGAAUUAAUGGGAGGUGUGGAGAGUAGCAGCAUGAGCAAGAAGCUUAAGGAGGACUUCAUUAUGGAGGAAAACAACCCCAAAGAAAUAGACGAGGGCUACUAAAAUACAUAUUAUGGCUAUAAAAAAAUAGACUUCAUCAAUAAAAGGUAUAAAUGAUUUAAAAAGUCACUAAUAAAAGAUGAAUAUAAUCAAAAUACUAAUGAUAAAAAGAUAAUGCUACUUCAAAACUCAUGUAUCUUAAUUAUUAUGUGACUAGUGUUAGAAGCAAGAGGUAUUAGGUUCACAGAGAAAAAAUAAAAUGUCAAAACGGGAUGAUAUUCCAAAACAGCAAUACAAUGAUGAUAAAAAAGGAAAUUAUGGUAACAGAGAAGGAAACUCCAAAAAUUUCAAUAGCUCACAUUAAGAAUAUCUUCUAGAAAUUCCAAGCUAUAGCUAUCAUAGAACACAAGAUAAAUAAGGUAGUUGGUCUGUUCGAUCAGCCAUAAGGAAAUGCACCAGGCAGUAUUAAUUUCCAUCAUUUUAUGUGGGAAGAAAAUUAAAAUGUGGAAUUACUUGAAGUUUAUGGAGUAAAACAGUAUCACUGCUGACCUUUUGGUAAGCAGCUGAGCUCUUAACUACUGUGCCACCAGGGCUCCAGUGACUAAAAUAAGACUGCUAAAAAGGCAAAGAUGAUAAAACAGUCCAAAAAGUGUACCUCUAUUCAUGUGGUCUAGUGUUAGGGAUAAAGAGUUAAAAGCCUGGUCCUGGGUCUUGGGAAGAGCUGUCUGUCAGAUUUCGUCUGCUUUUCUACCUGGCGAUAUUUAAAUUGUAGCUUCAGACCUUCACUAGGUUCAGCAGUCCAUUUGGAAGUCGAGGCUUUCUUCAUUUGGAUUGGUGGAGCCAGGUUUUGAUCCCCUGUAAUUUGGCAGCACAGGGAUUUGUAAGAAGGAUUAAAUAAGGUCCCUUGAAGCAAAUUCGAACCCACCUGGGUUCGAGAGUAUCUUUAAGCUGCUGUCUCUUCCAGUAUACAUAAUCUCCAGGUGAAGUCGUGGAGACCAGGGACAUUUCAGAGGGUUGAUGGUUAAAGGAAGCCUGGAUUUGUAAGGAAUUAGAAUAUUCCAACAAUGACUAACGGUAUUUGUAAAUAUUAACUUGAAGCAAAUUUGAAUCAAUCCACUGUCCGGUAAGAGAGGGCCAUAGGGCAACUCGUAGUUAUCUCAAAUAGGUCAAUUUGUGUGGACCAAACGGUGUAGAUCACAAGCUUAACAGGACAAAGGGAAGUACCUGAGUCCAGAAUAGCUGCAAAAAAGUUGAUAAUUUAGCUAAUUCGGAUUUGAUAAUACCACUGGUUCUUUCCCCCAGGCCUGAAGAUUGAAGGUGAUAUGGGCAAUGAAGCCUUUGAAAUACAGGAACGUUUUUUACAGACCUUGGCCAGUGAAAUGGGUGCCUCUGUCACUACAGAGGACUUUAGUGCAAGGAACAAGCUACAAUGUCCGAUAAAGACUUAGGGAGGACAGGUUUUUGAUCAGGCCCUAUCCAUAGCCCAGUCUUUGAGUCCUUAACACAGCCUUUUUUCUGCCACUUUUCCAUUUCUGAUAUGGAGGCUGAGACUUGUUUUGUGCUAAGGUUGGAGGUUAUUACUUCUCUGGGCAUUGGUCUCUCAAGAACUAAAUCAUUGGAGAGUUCAUUGAAGGUUUCAUCUGCAGAGUUCAGUAACCUUUCUGCACCUGCCAGGAGCAUGAAUGCUGGAUUCUUCAAACACAUGGAACAUUGCGACGUGGUCAGUUGCAUAAAAAAAAAAUUCCCCACCAGACUGUUCCAUUGUUAGUGUAAGUAAAGUGCAUCUGAGUCUCAGUGAGUUUCCUGAUGUAUGGUCUGGGCCACGGGAAUAUGUAAAAGUUUAGGGAAGUGCUGUCUCAUUGCGGGGAGAACAGCUGGGAGUGUGUAACAAGGUGUGUAUAAGGCUUUGUAUGAGAGACUGAUUUGAUUUGUAAACUUUCACUUAAAGCACAAUAAAAAAAAUUUUUUUUUAGGCAACAUUAACUUGUCAUUGGGCCCAGUCCAUAACUGUAUGGAUUCAUUUUUGGACAACCAUUUUUCAACCCAUUUGGUUUGCUCAGCAGAAGGCAUAUUUUCUUUAUAUUUUAGUAGGAGUGCAAAGGGUGUAACAGGGCAUCCUCCAUUCCCUCAUCUUGAUUCCCCUGGCAACAGGGCAGUGGAGACAUGGAGGGCUCAGGAGACCUUAGGGAACUCUGAGCAGGGAGGAAAUCUUUCGUAAUAUACUGACAGGCUUUCCAAAGGUCACCCCAACAAUGCUCUCCUAAUAGGCUUAUUAAGUUGUCUUGCCCUACAUGGUAAACUGAGUGAAUCAAACAGGCUAAAGGGACAUGUAAAGUUUGUGGGAUAAUGGGCUUACAAUUCGGCCUUUACAAAGUAUAGGUUUUCUAAUUCAUAGGGCAUCCUUCUUGUCCCCAAGCAUCUUGUUCAUGUUCUGGAGCCAUAGUCUGAUGGCAAAACAAAUUAUGUCUAACGAUUCCCUUUGGUGUUUGUUCUAUGUCUAGACUAUCGGGGACAGGGAGGCCAUAGCAGGUCCAACAUUUGCCAUUUGAAACAGCAGCAGCCUAGAUAAUUAUGAAAGCCACUUGUUUAGCUGCUUUAUUAGCCAAAUUAUUUCCUUUAAUUUCUUUAGUUUAGGGGACCCUUACAUUGAUGGGCCUGUAUUUUAAUGACUGGGAUUUCUGUGGGGAGCAAAAUAGCUUCCAGAAAGUCAACUCCUAAGGAGCCAUUUUUUUGUAUGGGUCCCAGCUAAAGUUCAGAAACCCUUUUCUUCCAUAGGAGGCCUGGUGGCACAGUGGUUAAGAGCUUGGCUACUAACCAAAAGAGCAACAGUUUGAAUCCACCAGAAGCUCCUUGGAAACCCUAUGGGGUAGUUCUACUCUGUGCUAUAGAUUCACUGUGAGUCGGAAUCAACUGGAUGGCAAUGGGUUUUUUUUUUUUUUUUUUUUGCUAUAAAAAAAUAGCAUCCUAAAAUCAUAAAUUACCCCCAAAACAUAUCUCAAAUCUGGAUGAAUGUUCACUGACCAUCCAGAAGCUAGUCUGCAAGCCCUUGUGAGUGCAAUCAGUUCAGCUUGUUGAACUGAAGUUACUUUAGGGAGGGGUCUACUCUCAAGAACUUUGGUAGAAAUAGUGACUACAUAUCCUCCCUGGUAACAAGAGCUAGAACGUUCAGGUUUUAAAUAUGAGCCACCAACAAAAUUAAGUCAGGAUUAAAAACGGAGGGGUCUCUUUUUGAGGAGUUAACAGUUCAUCAGUGGGGUCCAGGCAAUCAUGAGGUAAGAGAUCUAAGACAUCUGGUAGUGUCAGAAGCAUAACAGGGUUUAAAGACCUGACAGUGUGCAAGUGGAUAUUGGAGAAGGAUAAAAGUAAGACUUCAUAAGAAGUCAACCGCUAGCAGAUAGGUGCUGUGUAUGAGAAGAGCUUAGAAUAGCAGACACAGUAUGGGGAACAUGCCUGUCCAAAAAAUUUCCUAGCACUGACAGCAGUGGUCUCCACGAGUCAGACCAUGGCGACAACUGCUCAAAGGCAAGGGGAGCUAUAUGCGUGCCACUGAAUCAAGUUGUAGACUGUCAUAUACUACAGGUUGUUGCUGGCCUCCAUGGGUUUGAGCAAGAACCCCAAGGACAUUUCUAGAAACUUCUAAUACAAAAAGGAAAAAAUUUAUAAUUUGGGAAUCCUAAAGCAGGGGUGGCUACCAGGGAUUCUUUCAAUUCUGCAAUGGCCUACUGAGGAUAACAAAUGAGACAGGCUUGGAACCCCGUAAGUAUUGAUAGAAUGACUGAGCUAAGAGAGAAGUAGGGUAUCCAAGUUCAACAAUAACCACAUAGUCCCAUAAGUCCUUGUAGCUGUUUUUUAGUAGUGGGAAGGGAGUAGGCCAAAAUGGCCUCUCUCUUCUUAAGGUCGGUAGUUAUUCCUUCAAUAGAAAUGAUAUAUCCUAAAUGUUUAACGGAAGGAGGUGCCUAUCAGAGUUUUUCUCUGGAAGCCUUGUGUCCUCUAGUGACCAGGUGUUGUAAUAGCAAUGUUGUUUUCUAGACUUGAACAGAUAUUGUAACAGAACAGAGUUUAACUGCAAAGGUUGGAGGUCAGUGUGCAGGACUUGGGAAAAAAAAUACAUCCAAGUGAAUUGCUGAUCAUCCCAGAAGAAAGCAUGUAAAUAUGGACUAUUGGGGUGCACUGAAGUACUGAAAAAGGCACUGCAGAGGUCCACCACAGUGAAGCGUGUGGCCUCUGGUGGCACUUUGGCAAGAAGCAAAUGGGGAUUAGGCACAACAGUGAACCAGGGAAAAAUGAUCCAGUUAAUGGCCCAUAAAUCCUAUACAAAUCUCCAACCACGAUUGUUUGGCUUCUUUACAGGAAAAACAGGAGUGUUGCAAGGAAUGGCACAAGGAAUAAUUAAUCCUUUAGUUUAAAAAUCUUGAAUAAUAGAGGCCAAGCCCUCCAUGGCUUCCCUCUUUACAGGAUAUUGAGAAACCUUUGGCAGGGAUUUAGAGGGGUCUGUACUUCAGUGGGGGAUGCAGACAACACCUGACCCACAUCAGUUGAAGAGGAGGCCCACAUAUUAUGAAGUACUUCAGAUAAAAUAUCUGUCAUAGGAGAAUCAGGAGAACUUGCUUCAGGUUCAGAAGAGUUAACUGUCUAUAAAUAAAAACAUUUUUUUCCAAACAAGCAUUCUCAAGGGGAAAUUCAGUUUUCAGAGAGGACUGUUUUUUAUUUCCCAGCUCACAUUUUGUUGGAAUAUCCAGGAGGACUUCUCCUUGUUCUGUAAACCUUACAUGACAAUUCCAUUUUGAUAGUAAAUCUCUACCUAACAAAUUGACAGGUAGGUGGGGGCUUAGUAGGAAAGGAUGCAUGUCAUCCAUUAAAUCUAUGGAAACAGGUUCAGGUUGAGAAUGAAGUUUGUUUUUUAUUGAUGACUUCCACAACUCUAGAGGUUUGAUUACUCUGGGAUAGGGGUUUUUUCAAACGUGUGGGAUUAAUUGUUGACAAAGUGGUACCUGUGUCAAUAAGAAAUUUACAGGAUUCCCCAUUGACUAAUAAAGUGGUUUCACUCUGUGCACUUAGUGGUACCACUGGGGAGAACCUCUGUUAGCUCCCUGGAGCCCCCUCACUCUGAUCCUAUUAAAGACGAAGCAGAAGCAAGAGGCAGCAUGCUCAAUUUCUUUAAUUUGGGACAUUCCUGUUUAAAAUGUCCUAGUUUCUUACAAUAAAAACACACUGGUGCUCCUAACUGGUUUCCUCCCCUUCAGGCUUCAGUAUUGGAUGUCUGCACUCCUGCAGCUCAGAGCCAUCAGUUUGUCUUGUCUGACUUUAGUUCUUUGUCUAAUUUCCCAGCUUGAUUAUUUGGACCAAUUUGUAAACAGUGUCCAAAAGCUUUCUAAAGGAAGCUGUUUCCCAGUCUAAAUGAUGGCAUUUGACCAAUUUUAAAACCUCUAGGUUCAAACCGUUGACAAAAAUAGAAUCGAAAUCAAUCUAAGAAUUAUCACUAUCUGAUUUUAAUCCUGUGUAUUCAAUGAACAAUCAAUUGUAUACAUUCUCAUCCUUCUCUUGUUUACAAGCCUGAAUUUUGGCCCGAUUUAUUCCCUUUGGGAAUAUCCUUGGGAUUGCUUUAAUCAACCUAUCAUAAACCCUCUUAGCCUCUAUCAAAAGACCUCUAGCAGUUGUUCUAGAGGAAGGGAUUAGAGAAGUCCUGUCCUCACAUCAUCUAGCCUCAAUCAUCUGAAGUUGGGCUUCCCCAGGCCCUAACAACAUAUGAAUGAAUUGGUAAAGGUCAGGUAUGCCAGGCUGGUAGGUGAGGUGAAGACUUCGAAUUUCUCAGUAAAUUUGCCCAGAUCUUCCUGGGGCUUGGGGAAAUCCUUAACUCUGAUUCUCAGCUCUGCCAUUGUCCGUGGUGUGAAAGUCAGUUGUAGAUUGUCCUCGUCUUGUUUGGGUGGCUUAACUUUAAAGGGCAUCUCAACAUGAGGCUUGUCUUUGGUCUCUUUAAAUCCGAAGUCCUCAGUAUAAUUAGGAGAUUCAGUUAAAGCAUUUUUAGAAGAAGGUAAAGGUGGAUAAAGAAGUAGGUAAAGGUAGUGCUGAAGAAGCAGAAGGAGGAGGGUGACAGCAGGAAUGGGUGCAGGGGAACAGAAGAAGGGUUGCCUGAAGGGAUAGACUGACACUGUAAUUUUUUUAUUGGUUUAGCUUGUCUAGACAUCAUAUCUUAUAGGGAAGCAAACCUGUUUUCAUGUUGUCUUUUAAAUGCUUUUUGGUACCAAUUAAAAUAAACUCCCUGUUCCUUUUGCCUAACUCUAAAACCUUUGGAUUCCAAUUGGCUGCACAUGAAAAUCAAUUUUUUUGUUUUCUUUUUGUUGUUGUUCAAAACUGCACCAUAAAGGCCAGGAAUUCCUAAGAUCUUGGGUGAGGGCAUGCCAGCACGGCAGGUACAAAACAGAACUGAGGCCAUAAUGUUUUGCCAUGAAAGCAGCGGGAGUUACCAUGCAGAUGGGGGGAGGCGCUCUUUGGAGUUAACAUUCCCCAUCCUCAACCCAAGAAUACAUCCACUGCUGUCCCUUUGGUUAGCAGCCGUAGCACUUAACCACUGCGUCACCAGGGUUUCCACAAAGACAAAUGUGUUGCCUGUAGAAAGAGGAAAGAAAAGACCAGACCUGCUUGCCUUCUCACAAACAUUCGCUAGAUGGCAACCUAAAGUAACAAUUCAUUUUACCAAUUCAAAGCACACAAUUAACAGAGCUGUAACAUUAUGUUCAAAAUAUGAACAGAAAUAAGACAGGAUCUGAAUAAGUCCUCAGAGAACCUCGACACAGAGUAGAAGUUCAGCCUGAGAAGUGCUCAGCUCCAAACCAUGGACUCCAAGUCCUCAGGGAAAAGAAAAACACAAAUGGCUUAUUCUGGUGUCUGCUUCAAUCUACGAUGUGUUGGAGGUCCACUGAAUAGGGCAGCCAUUUUCAGGCCUACGUUGGGAGCUAAGAUGUCAAUGCCAGAAAAACCACUUACACCUUAAAAUAAAAAUUCAGAGGAUUUAAUCAGCAAGAGAAGUUCACUCAAAUGAAGGAAGAUUACUAGCUCAAACGUGUGAGAACUGGUGAGUCCAGCAAGAAUGUCCUGAGAAAGGAUGGAUAGAGGGCAAGAAACAAAGAGAUUACAACAGACUCAUUGGUUGGUUAGUCUUUGAUUGAGGUCACAAAAGGGAGGGCUAAGCAAAACGGGGGAAGGGGCUUUCACUGGAUACAGUGUCUAAGGGUACAAAAUUGCAGGCAUACUCGCUUUUUGGCUGAUCACAGGAUAGUUGCAAAACAAUCAUAGCACAUGCUUUUCUGGGAACUUGUUAAAACUGCUUUCUGAGGCAUGUCUUUUGCUGGGGUUCCACUGUAAAGAAGAUUUUUCGAUUAUGCCGUGUUUCAAGGCCUUCUGGGAAGCAGGCCAUGACAUCCUGCAUUUGCUUGACCACAGAAGAAAGAUUAACUGGAAGACAAGCUGUCAUCAUCCUGCCCCAAAACGUUUUGAGAUAAGCACCUGCCUCUGGAUUCCCUGGCACCAUCGUCUUAGCGCAACCACAGAGUAAAAAAAAAAAAAAAAAUUCUCAGGCUGAAGCCUAGAUGAGUGUUGUUGUUAGGUGCCAUCGAGUAAGUUCUGACUCGUAGCGAGCCUGUGUUCUACAGAAGGAAACACUGCCCAGUCCUGUGCCAUCCUCACAAUUGUUUUUAUGCCUGAGCCCAUUGUUGCAGCCACUGUGUCAGCCCAUCUCAUUGAGGGUCUUCCUCUUUUUUGCUGACCCUCUACUUUCCCAAGCAUGAUGUCCUUCACCAGGGACUGGUCCCUUCUGAUAACAUGUCCAAAGUAUGUAAGUGUGAAAGUCUUGCCAUCUUUCCCUCUAAGGAGCAUUCUGGCUGUACUUCUUCCAAGUCAGAUUUGUUCUGCAGGGGGUCCAUGGUAUAUUCAAUAUUCUUCACCAACACUAUAAUUCAAGGGCAUCAAUUCCUCUUCAGUCUUCUGUAUUCAUUGUCCAGCUUUCACAUGCAUAUGAAGUGAAUGAAAAUAUCAUGGCUUUGGUCAGUCAUACCUUAGUCCUCAAAGUGAUACCGGAAUCGACUCGAUGGCAAUGGGUUUAUAUAUAUAUAUAUCAAGGAAAUGACUCACGAGGUUGUAGAGGCUGUAAAGUCUGAAGUUCAUGGGUCAGCAUCAGGCUAGAGGCUUGUCAUGACUCCCGUAGCUGCAGGGGAUAACAAAACCAAGAUCAGCAGGGGUAAGCUGCUAGCUCAAGUCCCAAGAACCAGAGGUCAGAUGUUAGAGAGCCAGAUGCAGGAUCCAGAGAGAGAGCCUUGCUGGGAAAUCCACUGUUAUGCUAAAGGCAGGCCAUACCUCCAAGGAAACUCCCUUUCAAUUGAUUUGGCUGCUCAUAGCAGAUCACAUAAUGGAGUUGAUUACAUCAAUACAACUGCCAAAUCGUAUCAUUAUAUAACUGCCAAACUACAUCGUAACUGCCAAACCACUGAGAAGCAUGGCCAAGCCAAGUUGACACAACCUUAACCAUCACAAUCCACCCCUUGUCAACUUGGCAACAGUAUAUAUCUCCUUAGACGAUACCAAAAAACCAAAACCUGUUGCUGUCAACUCAGUUCUGACUCAUAAUGACCCUAUAGGACAGAGUAGAACUGCCCCAUAGGGUUUCCAAGGACUGCCUGGUGGAUUCAAACUGCAGGCCUUUUGCUUAGCAGCUGUAGCUCUUAACCACUAUGCCACCAGGGUUACCACUACAUAAUCUCUAAAUAAAGACAAUUAUAAAGUCAUUUUCAUGAAACAUGAUACAAAUAAAAUGCAUACAACCAAAAACACACUAACUCUGUUUACAUCUUAUAUUUUAUAAGUGAAGAAAACAAAAAUAUUUAAUGCACACAUAGGAAGAAAUAAUUAAUUACAUUCCUCAUUUCUGCAACUGGUCAUGUGGUUGUAGCUGGUAUUUAGAACUACCUACUUCCACCACCCAUUCCGUAUUCCCUUUGCCCUCAGCAAGCACCUCAGCUGGUCAUGGUUCUUUGCCUGGUGGGGUGACCCAAACCUUCAUUCCUGGAGGGUCUGGGCCAUUGGCAGUCAUGUAGGAAUUGAGUUGCUGUAGUUUUCCAUUGACUUUAAUCACAGGGCAUGAUAGUACUAAGACACUCUAAGGGACCUCCUGCAUUCCAGACAUAUUCUUCUUUACGUCCAUUGUGUAAUGUCAAUCCUAUUUCAUCUUGGUAGUCAGGAUCAAUCACACCAGCCAAUAAGGUAACUCCCUUCUUUGCCUGUCGAUCCACAGGCAUGAGGAGCACAAAGUGGCCAGGCGGCAUUCUUAUUCCAGUUCAAUGGAAUCACUGAUGUGUCUCCAGGUGGGAGCAUUCUUUGCUUUGAGCUAAGACCUCUAGAUCCACAAAGCAUAGGGUUGCAGGGACAGGAAGCAAAAAUCAUGCAAGUGGGUCACUUGGGUUAAUAGUGAGUGGUGCCAUUCCUGUUGCACCCCUUGAUUCCUAGAGCCAUGAAUCCUGGCUAUCGGGGAUACAGCACCAUAUAUUGGAUGCUGGUUUAGACAAUAUACAACCUCCUGGAGAACAUUGCUCCAAUUUUGCAAGGUAUUGCCACCUAGAUGGUGCCAUACUUGUAUCUUUAGAAGGCUAUUCUGUUAAUCUGUCAAACUAGCUGCUUCAGAUUGAUGGGGAACAUGGAAAGACUAGUGAACUCUGUGAGCAUGGGCCCAUUGCUGCACUUCAUUUGCUGUGAAGUGAGUCCCUGGAUCUGAGGUGAUGCUGUGUGUGAUACCAUGAUGGUGGAUAAGGCAUUCUGUAAGUCCAUGGAUGGUAGUUUUUGCAGAAGCACAGCAUGCAGGGAAGGCAAAUCCAUAUCCAGAGUAAGUGUCUAUUCCAGUAAGAAAACUCUGCCCUUUCCAUGAUGGAAGUGGUCCAAUGUAAUCAACCUGCCACCAGGUUGCUGGCUGAUCACCUUGAAGAAUGGUGCCAUAUCAGGGACUCAGUGUUGGUCUCUGUUACUGACAGAUUGGGCACUCGGCAGUGGCUAUAGCCAAGUCGGCCUUGGCAAGUGGAAGUUCACAUUGCUUAGCCCAUGCAUAAUCCAUCCCUGUCACCAAGACCACUUUGUUCAUGAGCCCAUUGGGCAAUAACAGGAGUGACUUCUUGUCGUGGAUUGACUUAUGUCCCCCCAAAAAUGUGUGAAUUAACUUGGUUAGGCCAUGAUUCCCAUUCUUGUGUGGUUGUCCUCCAUUUUGUGUUUGUAAUUUUAUGUUGAGAGGAUUAGGGUGGGAUUGUAACACCACCCUUACUCAGAUUACCUCCCUCAUCCAAGGUAAAGGGAGUUUCCCUGGGUGUGGCCUGUACCACAUUUUAUCUUUCAAGAGAUAAAAGGAAAGGGAAGCAAGCAGAGAGUUGGGGACCUCAUACCACCAAGAAAGCAGCACCAGGAGCAGAGUGCGUACUUUGGACCCAGGGUCCCUGUGCUUGAGCAGCUUCUCCACCAGAGGAAGAUUGAGGACAAAGACCUUCCUCCAGAGCCGAUAAAGAAAGCCUUCUCCUGGGGCCGAUGCCCUGAAUUUGGACUUUCAGCCUACUUUACUGUGAGAAAAUAAAUUUAUCUUUGUUAAAGCCAUUUAUUUGUGGUAUUCCUGUUAUAGCAGCACUAGAUGACUAAGACACUGGUUUCCACAGCACAAACCAUCCUAUCCACGUGAUUGUUAAAAUCUUCCUCUUCCAAGGUCACCCUUUGGUGAACAUUCACAUGAGACACAAAUAUCUUCACUUCUUUCGCCCACUCAGAGGUGUGUCCACAUACCUCUUCCCCAUAUCUCCUUGUUACUGACUUUUCA